AAGCAGCAAGCCACGCACCUCCCGCUUAGACGAACUUCGAGACCCGCCCUUUCCGGAAGUUUUGACACUGUGUGCCUCUGGGCAAUGUGAUUGACAGGGUAAUCAUCCGGUCCGUUAUCUAAACCCCUCACUCCGGGAAACAGCGACCCGAUCUUUCCGGAUCCGCGCUUUCCCAGCAUCCUUUAGCCUUCCGGUAUGUGGCCCCGUCUGGCUAGUCCCGUCUAGCGCGCCCAUUUCGAGCCCAAGUUUCCAGCUCGGGUUUCCGGGCUCAGAAUUUUCCAGGAGUGGGUUCUUGGGCAGUGGCUGUGGGAGCAGGAAUGGCGCAGCUAGAGGGUUACUAUUUCUCGGCUGCCUUGAGCUGUACCUUUUUAGUGUCUUGCCUCCUCUUCUCCGCCUUCAGCCGGGCGCUGCGAGAGCCCUACAUGGACGAGAUCUUCCACCUGCCUCAGGCGCAACGCUACUGUGAGGGCCAUUUCUCCCUUUCCCAGUGGGAUCCCAUGAUUACUACAUUACCUGGCUUGUACCUGGUGUCAGUUGGAGUGGUCAAACCUGCCAUUUGGAUCUUUGGAUGGUCCGAACAUGUUGUCUGCUCCAUUGGGAUGCUCAGAUUUGUUAAUCUUCUCUUCAGUGUUGGCAACUUCUAUUUACUGUAUUUGCUUUUCCGCAAGGUACAACCCAGAAACAAGGCUGCCUCAAGUAUCCAGAGAGUCUUGUCAACAUUAACACUAGCAGUAUUUCCAACACUUUAUUUUUUUAACUUCCUUUAUUAUACAGAAGCAGGAUCUAUGUUUUUUACUCUUUUUGCGUAUUUGAUGUGUCUUUAUGGAAAUCAUAAAACUUCAGCCUUCCUUGGAUUUUGUGGCUUCAUGUUUCGGCAAACGAAUAUCAUCUGGUCUGUCUUCUGUGCAGGAAAUGUCAUUGCACAAAAGUUAACUGAGGCUUGGAAAACUGAGCUACAAAAGAAGGAAGACAGACUUCCACCUAUUAAAGGACCAUUUGCAACAUUCAGAAAAAUUCUUCAGUUUCUUUUGGCUUAUUCCAUGUCCUUUAAAAACUUGAGUGUGCUUUUCCGUCUGACUUGGCCCUACAUCCUUCUGGGAUUUCUGUUUUGUGUUUUUGUAGUAGUUAAUGGUGGAAUUGUUAUUGGCGAUCGGAGUAGUCAUGAAGCCUGUCUUCAUUUUCCUCAACUAUUCUACUUUUUUUCAUUUACUCUCUUCUUUUCCUUUCCUCAUCUCCUGUCUCCUGGCAAAAUUAAGACAUUUCUUUCCUUAGUUUGGAAACGUAGAAUUCUGUUUUUUGUGGUUACCUUAGUCUCUGUGUUUUUAGUUUGGAAAUUCACUUAUGCUCAUAAAUACUUGCUAGCAGACAAUAGACAUUAUACUUUCUAUGUGUGGAAAAGAGUUUUUCAAAGAUACGAAAUUGUGAAAUAUUUGUUGGUUCCAGCCUAUAUAUUUGCUGGUUGGAGUAUAGCUGACUCAUUGAAAUCAAAGUCAGUUUUUUGGAAUUUAAUGUUUUUCAUAUGCUUGUUCAUUGUUAUAGUUCCUCAGAAACUGCUGGAAUUUCGUUACUUCAUUUUACCUUAUGUCAUUUAUAGGCUUAACAUACCUCUGCCUCCCACAUCCAGACUCGUUUGUGAACUGAGUUGCUAUGCAAUUGUUAAUUUCAUAACUUUUUACCUCUUUCUGAACAAGACUUUUCAGUGGCCAAACAGUCAGGACAUUCAAAGGUUUAUGUGGUAAUAUCAGUGAUAUUUUGAACUGUAAAAAUGGACUUAAUAAUUAGACUAUUUCUACAAAGAACAACUGAAUAGGUAGAAAUCAUGGAAUUUCUUUUAGGUGCAGUGGUGGUCCUCAAAUUACAUUAUAUGUAUAUAUAUAUAUAUAUAUAUAUUUUAAACAUAUGUAAGAAAUCAAGUGGCAAAGAACUGAGAAAGCUUAAGACCUGCUUCAAAAGCCUGAAUAAUGGGAAAAUUGUUUUCAGAUAUCUCAUAUUGCUGUCAUAAUGUUGGCCCCUCAAGAAGCUUGGGAAUGUUUUGUAUGUACAAGUUUAUUAAAACUGGGUAUGCUUCAUAUUACUGGAACUAAUUUAUUAUCUUCAGAGAGAAAUACUAGGUUAGUACAAAAGUAAUUGUGGUUUUGCCAUUACUUUCAGUGGCAAAAACCACAAUUACUUUUGCACCAACCUAAUAACAGUGUAUUAGCAAAUAUUUACAAAUGGUCAGGUGAUAUUCUUGAUUGAAAAGUUGCUUAACAUUUCAGUAAAUAUAAUUUUAAUUCUAAGUCAAAAUAGAAAUGCAUAAAUAGUAAAUGAUAAAGUAGAGACUCAUAUAUGUCUGCCUAGGCAUCAAAUUGUUGGUUAUUGUUUACAAUCUAGAAAUGAUGAAGCUCUUUCACUAAUCCUAAUAUGAAAUGUAUGAUGGCCAAAGACAAAUUUUGUUUAUUAUAAUCCUUUAAAAGGGGGAUUUCCUUUCUGAAAUACAUAUUGUAUUAGCUUCCCAGGGCUGCCAUAACAAAUGACCACAAACUUGGUUGCUUGCAGCAAUUUUCCUCACAGUCUGAAGGCCAGAAGUCUAAAAUCAAAGUGUCAGCAGAGUUGGUUCCUUCUGGAGGCUCUAAGGAAGACUCCGUUCCAUGUCUGUUUCCUAAUAUCUUGUGGCUGUCUGAAAUUCUUGGAGUUCUUUGGCUUAUAGACAAAUCUUGUCCAAGUAUUGCAGACAGCAGUCUUCACUCCAGUCUCUGCCUCUGUGCUCACACAGCCUUUCCCUCUGUCUUCUCUUCAUUACCUUUUAAGGACAGUAUCUUUGAAUGUAGGGCCCACCCUGAUCUACAAUGAUUAUGUCUGGAGCCCCUUAAUUAUGUUUACAAAGACCCAUGUUCCAAGUAAGUUCUUAUUCACAUGUUCUGAGUAGACAGGUCUCUUCCUGGGAUACUUUUCAGUCCAUGACAGUUACUAAAGGACAUUUUAGGAUAAUCCUCAUAAUGAUUGCUACCUUUUUAAAUUUUUUUUUAUAUAUCAAAUUAUAGUUGUAUACACUUAUGAGGCACAAAGUGGCAUUAUGAUUUUUUAAUAUAAUGUAGGAUGAGUAAAUAAAGCUAAUAUUUGACAUAUUUUGUGGUGAAAACAUUUGAAAUUUACUCUCAACAGUAUUGAAAUGUACAGUGCUUAAUUGUUAGCUGUAUUCACCAUGUUGUGUAAUAGAUCUUAAAAAAGUCAAACAUAUUCCUUCUGUCUAAUUGAGGCUUUGUAUCUUUUGAUUAUCAUCUCCCCAUUCCCACAUCCCUGGCCUCUAGUACCCAUCAUUCUUCUCUCUACUUCUCUGAGUUUAGUUGUUUUAGAUUACACAAAUAAGUGAGAUCAUGGGGUAUUUGUGUUUCUGUGUUUGGCUUACUUCACUUACCAUAAUGUCCUCCAGGUUCAUCCAUAUGGUUGCAAAUGACAGAAUUUCUACCUUUUUAAAGGCUGAAUAGUAUUUUAUUGUGUAUAUAUGCCAUAUUUUCUUUAUCCAUUCAUUCACUGAUGAACACUUAGGUUGAUUGAAUAACUUGGUUAUUGUGACUUGUCGGCAAUGAACAUGGAGUGCAGACUUCUCUUUGACAUACGGAUUUCAAAUCUUCUGGAUAAAUGCCCAGAAGUGGGAUUGUUGGAUCAGGAGAUAAUAUCUUACCUUUUAAAUAACUCUUAGUAUCUUUACUGAGAGGUUAAAAAAUAAGUGACUUCUGAGGUAAUAUACAGCUAAAGGUGACUAGUGUUUGAUUCCAUUAUCUAUUUAAAAAAAAAAUGUCAGCAUUGAAAGAAAGUUGAGAAAUCAUUUGGUCUGACCUUAUUUUCUAGAUUAGGGAACAACUGCCGGGGUAGGAUUAUUUUGUGUUACUUUUUGAAUUUUGUGUUUAUUAUUUUGAGUGUACUUUUUGGGUUGUCAUUCCAUUACAGGAAAGUAUUAUUUGGGCAUGUUAACUUUGACAUAUAAACUUAGAACUAUGAAUAGAACUCAUCUUUUAACAUAAUUUUAUGUUUCUAAACUUUGAAAGUAGCUAUAAGUGAACAAAUUACUUUCCACUCAAUGUCAAAUUUUGCUUCUCUGAGUUUUAAGUAAUGAUUCUACAUUUACAAAUAUAAAAUUGUGUGCAGGUGAAAAUUACAAGUAUAGUUUGAAUGGUAAAUACAGACUAUUUUUUGGUUAUACUCUAGCACCCAGAAAAUUAGAUUGGCAUUAGUUUUAACAGUGAUCAUAGAAAAACGUGUUUAAUCCAGACUUUUUAAAAAUUAGAUGAGAGAGGACACUCAAAGAAAUUAUACUUUUGUCAUUAAUUUACUAUAAUGGAGAACUAAAUCCAGGAAGUCAAAAUUGAAAAAGAAUGUGUAAUUUAGGGAAAAUAACUUUUUGUCUGAUAAUAUUAAUGCAAGGAUUUUGUAUUUAGGAAUACUUCUGAGAGGAGAAGCUUCCACUCUGACCUAGUCUGGCAAAAUUGAAGAAAAUAUUCUACAUUGUAAUUAAAGAAGACUGCUCUUUGAAGGGAUCACUGUUCUAGAUCUUUUUUUUUUUUUCUUUUUUUGAGGGGAAGCCUCGCUCUUGUCCCCCAGGCUGGAGUGCAAUGGCGCGAUCUCGGCUCACUGAAACCUCCGCCUCCCGGGUUCAAGCGAUUCUCCUGCCUCAGCCUCCCGAGUAGCUGGGAUUACAGGAGCCCGCCACCACGCCCGGCUAAUUUUUUCUAUUUUGAGUCGAGACGGGGUUUCACCAUGUUGGCCAGGCUGGUCUCAAACUCCUGACCUCAGGUGAUCCACCCGCCUCGGCCUCCCAAAGUGCUGGGAUUACAGGCGUGAGCCACUGUGCCCUGCUGUUCUAGUUCAUUUUUAAGUGUUGAGUCCCUGCUGUUUUAAGAGAUGUUUUGGUGAAAAUCUACAUUCAGAGAGAAAUUAAUCUUCCACAUUUUUUAUAAAAUACAUAAAAUAUAGUACUUGGCAUUUUAAGAAAAGAUUGCCAUGUAUUAAAAGGUGCUAUUUUCAACUAUUUAUUAUUUUAAAACAAGAAUGCUUAUCAAUACUUUUGAAUUUAAGAUAACUGUCUUGGUUAAAUUUUCUAGGCAGUUCAAAGAUGGCCAUUUGCUGGUGAAUUUUCCAAAGUAGGUAACAGAUAAAAUGAUUAUGUAAGAACUUGACACAAUAGACCAUUUUGCCUUUAGUUGUUCAAGAAAUGAUACCAAACUCAAAGUUAUUCACUUGAAACAAUUGACAAGACCAUUCUUAAGUGUUUAGAUCCUUGCUUUUAGAAACAUUCUUAGUUAUAUUUGUGUUUUCAAGAGUUAUUGAGUAGAUUUUUUUCAUGAAUUUUUAAACAUUAGACUUAGCUGAAUUUAUUAAAAUAAGGUGAUUAUGAAAAAAAGUACUGCCCUGCUCAAGGGUAUGUGGAGCCCUACAGUUAACAGUUAUGAAAAUCUGUGAGUAUGUCUAUUUUGAAAAGUGUCGUAAAAAGUCUAGUCCAUAAAUCGUUAUAGGUUCAGUAAUACAUCAUUUUGAACUGAUUCUAUCUUCUGUGAAAUUCUAGAGAUAUGUUAUUUUUAGGUAGCAUUAGUAAGAUUCAGGUAUGCUGUGAAUUUUGUUACAUUUAUGUUUUCCAUUAAUGGAUAGUCAGAAAUCUUUUGAGCUGCGUCUGACAUUGGAAAGAUAGUAUCUCUCAGUUUAAACGUAGCAUCUCAUUUUGGCAAGAUAAAUUGUUUUAGCUGUGUUGCCUUUUCUUUGUCUUCUUAGAGUUAUUUCUGAAAUGUGCAUAGCCAGUCAUAAAAUACCUUUUAUAAAUAGCCUAAUGUAAUUUAUUUAUAAUAAAUACAUGGCUUAAUGAAAUG